CAACUGCCCAACGGGCGCCGGGCAAGCAGAGGCUCGUCGUUCGUUCUCGACUACUGACCCAGAAUUCAACGUCGUGCUCCGUCGAGAUUGCACUACUCACGACUCUUGCCGCUGUAUCUUCUUCGGGUGCAGUGGUCCAUACAGAGGUGCUGUAGGCGAGCGACCAUUAUUGCAGUGGUAUACGCUCGAGCAUGUCCAACCUCUUUGAGCGCAUUUUGGUACCGGUAUCGCCGAGCACGGUUGGCCACAACUUCAACAACGCAGAUACUUUUAAAAGUGGUAAAUAUGGCAAUGCCACAAAUAAGUGCCUCUCGUCGUCGGAUCCCACUUCUGGCAAGAUGAUGCGCUGCAGUGCAGUGUGGUGGACGGCGCUCGCGCUUGCUGCGUGGCGCCCGCUGGCCGCCUUUGCGCUUCGGACCAACAUGCGCGAGCUCACGAGAUGGACGUUCCGCAACAGCAACGGAUCCAUUGCGAUCCUCGACGCGACAGUCCCCGGGUCGUCGCAUGUACAUCUUUUGUCGGCAGGCGUCAUCUCCGACCCGCACCAGCGCUACAACGAGCGCGCGCUGGCAUGGGUCGCCGCUGAAACGUGGCACUACGAGACGACGUUCGAGCUGCCGGCGCACCGGCCAUGCCACCUCCGCGCCGCCACGAUCGACGGACCUGCGACGCUCUUUGUCAACGGCGUCGAGGUCGCCGCAACGGCCAACUCGUUUCUAGCGUAUGCAUUCGACCUCACCGCCUACGUUCAUGCGGGCAGAAACCAUCUUUCAUUUGUCUUCGAGCCACCGCUAGCCUACACGGCGCGCCUCGCGGCGGCGUAUCCGUACUACGUCCCGGCGACGAUCAACCCCAACACGUGGGCAGAGCCAACACAUCGCCCGUUUCUUCGCAAGGCAGGCAGCGACUUUGGCUGGGACUGGGGCCCCGCCUUUGUGCCCGUGGGACUCGCGGGUCCCGUGCACCUCGUGCUGCCGUCCGCCUGCGCCGCCCGACUCGACGAGUACACGAUUGACCAGACGCACGCGCCAGACAUGUCGUUUGCGCAUCUGGUGUUUCGUGGCUUCAUCGACGGCGUCUGCAACGACUCGGCGUUGGCACUGCAUGUGCGCCUCGGUAACGUCACAGUCGCCGUGGCCGUCGCUCCGUCGACGUCGAAGCCGGCGUACCUCGAAGCGACGUACACGCUUCAAAACCCCGAGUUAUGGUGGCCCAAGGGCUACGGACGUCCGCACCUCUACGACGUCGAGCUCCUCUUGACGACGACGUCCGGCACUCGCCUCGAUGCCCGCCGAGGCCAAUUGGGCAUCCGCUCGAUUGUGCUCGACCAGUCGCCCGCCAACCCGACCGGCCAUCACUUUCGGUUCAUCAUAAACGGUCGGCGCAUCUUUGUACGGGGCGCCAACUGGGUGCCCUCCAACGUCUUCCCAACGCGGACGACGCACGCCACGCUCGCGCACCUCCUCACGAGUGCGAGCACCGUGCACAUGAACAUGGUGCGCGUCUGGGGCGGUGGCCGGUACGAGUCGGACGCCUUUUACUCCUUUUGCGACGCCCACGGCCUCCUCGUGUGGCAAGAGCUCAUGUUUGCCUGCGCCGCGUACCCGCGGGACGCGUCCUUUCUCAAAACCGUGGCGGACGAGGUGCGCUACCAAGUCCGGCGCCUGAAAAAGUUCACGAGCCUCGUGGUCUGGGGCGGCAACAACGAGAACGAGUCGAUCAUGGACCAGUUUGCCAACGGGUGGUUCCUUCCCGACGGCAACGUCUUCAACCGCGACCGCGCCGUCACCGACUAUGUCAAGGUGUUUGUCGACACGGUGGCGCCGAUCGUCUUGACCGCCGACCCCGGGCGUCCGUUUCUCGACUCGUCUCCAUCCAACGGCGUUCUGAGCACGUCGCCGUACGUCAAGCGCUGGGAGAAUACGUCUUCGGUCGACGACGGUGACGUCCACUACUACAACGUUGUCCGCGACUGCAUGGACUGGACGCAGUACCCGGCGGCGCGCUUCGUCUCGGAGUUUGGUUUUCAAUCGAUGCCGUCGGCGGCGGCGUGGGCGACGGUCACCGACGCAAGCGACUGGGCGACGAUCGACGCCAUGCACGCGAUGCUGGCCUUUCGCCAGCGGUCGCCCAACGGCACGGAGCACAUUCAGCACCAACUCGACUUGCAUUUUGCCUCGCUACCCACGACUGGAUCCGUGGCCGAGCGGCUACGGGCGUACACGUGGCUCACGCAGGUGCAGCAAGGGCUGUGUUAUGCAACGGCCAUUGGCACGUGGCGGCGCCUUGGGGCGACCGGCGUGCUCUACUGGCAGCUCAACGACGUCUGGGUCGGCCCGAGCUGGUCGAGCAUCGACGUCCACGGGCACUGGAAGGCGCUCCAUGCGAUGGUCCGCGCCCCGUUUGCGCCCCAAGCGACGAUCGUCCACGAAGAUGCGACUACCGGUAGCAUCUCGGCGACGAUCGUGAGCGAUGUCAACGCAACCGUGGUGGUGCACAUCUCGCUCUAUCGAUUUGCGGCUGCCGCCACUGCGCUGAAGGUCCUUGACACGACCGUAGCCGUGGAUUCCGAGUCGGCAGUCGUGGCGUGGCAUGUCGAGAGCGUGACGGACCUCUUAGCGGCCCACGACUGCGACCGCGCGGCUUGCUUUCUAACGGUCGCCAGCCCGUCGCUGGACGACGAGGUAUAUCACUUUUUCCGCCCGUUCAAGGACCUCCCGCUGCUGCCGGCCGUCGUUGCCACGACGAUUGUCGAGGCCAAUGUGACGUCGUGGUCGUUCCAAGUCUCGUGCGUCUCGGGGCAUCCUGCACUGUUUGUGACACUCGAGACCGCGGUCGUCGGGCAGUGGAGCGCCAACGUGUUGCACCUGCGCCCGGGCAGCUCGCGUCUGGUGACGUUUUGGCCGGCGACGCCGACGCCCCUCGCACCGGUGACGACGACGCAUCUUUUUGACGCGUAUACGCCAAGUGCCCACGAGACGAGUGCUGCCUAAGCCGUAGAAAAGUUUCAAGUCGCCAUAUUGAUACAAUCGACUCUUUUGCCUUGAGUUUCUCGUGGCUCAUAUCCCGCGUUUUCGCUGACAUGCGGCGUUGACUUGAACCUCGGCGGUCUCGGCCGCUCGUGACAAAAGGUCAUGCGGCUCUUCCAUCUCUUGUUCGUCGUCCGAAGCGGCAAGUUGUUUGAAGAUGCAAGUGCUCCAUCGUCAUGAGCAUGUUGCUAGUAGACAACUACAUGACAUACAAGGAAAUCAAAUCUUGUUGAUGUCUUC